UUGUUAGCAAUACAUUUUAGUUUAAAGUAAAACCCACGCGAUGGCGGACACAAUUGAGGAAAUAUUCUCCGGUGAUUCCGAGGAGGACAUCGAAACCGUUAAAAAUAUGAUCGAAAAAAUCCGGCUGGAGAUCAUGGCUUACGGCGAGGGCGAGCAUGACUCGUACGAUCCGGAAAGUUUGCAAAAGGUUGAGUUUAACAUUCAAAUCAAUCGGGUCACGUUGAUCCUGCAGGAAAUGAGUGAAACGUUGGAAGUGUUGUUCUGCUUGCCGGUGAUCGUUCGUGACCAGGAGCUGAUGGACAAGUACUUUGACGCCGGGGAACAGGACGUGCUGAGAUUGUUGUGCAAGUACAUGAAGACAAAGGAUGACACCGGUGGGUCGGUUCCGGAAGUGGUCAAUUUGGAAGAUUUUCAAUUCCAUUCAACAAAGUUCAUCGAACUGGUGGAGAUGGUCUCCAACAAGGAACUCCACAAGGUCAUCGCUGGUCAUCUGAAGAACCUACCCGGAGUGUACCGGAAGUUCCUGUCCAACAUCCGCGAGUUUCGCAAGUUUACGAUCACUAAAAUGAAGAUGACCGCGCAGAAGGACCUGGCCAAGGAGAAGAUCCUGCACCGGAUGUGGCAAACGAACGAGCGUAAUAUCAAGGAAAUUGUCAAGAUAGAGCAGGUGCUGCAGGAAAAGCAAACCUCGUUCCGGGCAGAGAUUGAGGAGAAGACCGCCAUCAUUGAGCGGUACAAGGCCGAGAUCAAGCAGCUGGAGCAGCAGAGCAAGCGCGAGAUAAACGCAUUCAUUGAGGAAUCGGACCAGAAAAUGUUUCGCUACUUUGAACGCUCCGAUCAACGCUACGAAGAACUUCAGAAGGAGGCACUGCUGAAAGCGAAGGAAUACCAGCAUACCCUGGACGAGGAUCUCCGUGUUGAGAAGGAAAAUCGACUCAAGAAAGCCAAGCUUACCCAGCAACUGAAACUGUUGCUCAACAAGUACGACAAGGACGCUGGCGAACGCACCAAGGAGUUGAACGCGUUGGACGACAAUUUGAGAGCUCGCCAGGAGGAGUUUGACGAGUGGAAGAGAACGGUCUUCGAUCCGCAGGAAAAGAAAUACUACGAAGCAAUUGAGGAACGCAGGCUUGACGAGCUUCGAGCGCAACUGCAGCUGGUUCGAGCGUUCAUGAUGAGCAGAGCCGCCCGGGUUCUCCAACGGGCCUGGCGUUCCGUGGCCGAGAGGAAGCGCAAAAUGCGGGGACGCCGUGGAGGACGCCGCGGAAAGGGCAAGAAGAAGUAAAUUCAGUAGUAUUUAUGGUUCCUUCUUUUGGGCAAGAUUUUGGAUGACUUUAUCGUGAUGGCAUUCAAUUUGAUUUUAUAUGUAGGUGUUUUAUGAGUGUGAAAUGUUUUGACAUGAAAUUAAAACUUGAUUUAGGUA